AGUGUGCGUUUGAUAAACGUCACUAAUUUCCAUUACGCCUACAACUACAACACUAAGGCGACAAGCAGUUAUCGAAAUGUCGUCGCAACGUGAUCAACUGAUUUGCAAUGCACGUGACUGCUUCAAGAAGAUCGACGAUGUCGCCUGGAUUACGUGCUGCUCCCAUGUGUUUUGUGCGCAGCACGGUAAAGACGCCAAAUUGCGCCAAACAGGGUCGGCAUCCUGUCCGGCAUGUGGCUCCCGUUUCCGCGACGAUUUUGGCGUUGUGGAGCGAAAUUUGAACAGCUCGCCGCAAUAUCGUGCGCUUCUUUUGUGUGGCUACAGUCCGGAGGUCAUAAUGGAGAUUGCAAACAAUGCAAUCACAUUCUGGAACUUUCAGAAGCAACAAGUGUGUCUCAACUUGGAACGAAAGCUGGAAUACUAUAGGGAAUCCGUGUCUCGAUUGAAGAAAGAGGUGGCACAGGAAAAAAGCGACGCCGAGAGCAAGACAAACCGUUUGGAGAAACAGCUGGAGCAGGCUCAGACGAGGAUUAAAGAGCUAAGCGAAGAGAACGCUAUAACCUCCAGGGAAGCACGCGGUGAACAUUCUAGGAUGGAUCAUCAGGCAAGGAAGCGGAAGAUGGAUGAUUUUUUGUUAUAAUAAACAUCCGCGGGUAGCAUAUUUUACUGCGCCAGUGA